UUCAAGGUCACUUUUAUUACAUUAAAACCCAAAUCUUUGAACUUUUGACUCAACUAUAGAUAGGUUGCUUACUAUUAUUAUAUUAAUUAAUUCUAGAUUUGUAGUGGCAUGGUCAGUGCCACCUCAAACAAGAAGGAACACGUGGAGGUUGCUAAAGCAUGGUUUCUAAGAAAUACAACCCCCCAACGUGUGGAGGAUGAUGUAGGAGUUAAAAACUGUUUGCAUUUGCAGGGAAAGCAGGCAAAACACUCGAAAGGAAUAAUAUUUUGGCUUUUCUUUGGCUGAUUUGGUUCCCACAGCUUUUAAGUUUAUGCUCUUUUUAAUAAACUCUAAUUAAUAACUAUUUAUUUCUCAUAAAAAAAGCACAACCAGCAAAGGCUAGGCUAUCUUCAUAUAUAUCUCUCCGAGGCUUUAGCUUGCCUCAUUUUCAUCAGCAGUAGUAUAUAGUUGGCUUUUGAGAAUGGAGAAUCAAGCAAAAAAAGUGCUGCUCACUUCAAAUGGAGAUGAGAUUGCAGUGAACAUAGCUUUGCAUUUAGCCAAACGUGGUUGCAGGUUGGUUUUGAUGGGAAAUGAAUGUUGUCUGAGGAGUGUCAGAGAGAAGAUAAUGGACUCAACUAACAAUGUGGUCCCAAUAGAGGUGGUUGGAUUGGAUAUGGAAGAGGAAAGAGAGGGAGCUUUUGAUGAGGCAGUAGAUAAAGCAUGGAAAGCGUUCGGAUCCAUUGAUGCUCUUGUAAAUUGUUAUGCUUAUGAAGGAAAGAUGCAAGACCAUCUGCAAUUAGCUGAAGAAGAGUUCAGAAAAAUUGUAAAAAUAAAUUUUAUGGCUGCAUGGUUUCUGCUAAAAGCUGUUGGUAGGAGAAUGAGGGACCAUAAAUCAGGUGGCUCCAUUGUAUUCAUGACGACAUUACUCGGUGCUGAAAGAGGACUUUAUCAAGGAGCUGCUGCAUAUGGUUCAUGUUUGGCAGGAGUGCAGCAGUUAGUUAGAGUAUCAGCUUUAGAGAUUGGAAAACACAAGAUCAGGGUUAAUGCAAUUGCUCGUGGUUUACACUUAGAAGAUGAAUUUCCUCUGUCAGUUGGAAAGGACAGGGCAGAGGAGUUGGCCAAAGAAGCAGUGCCAUUGCAGAGAUGGUUGGAUGUUAAAAAUGAUCUGGCUUCAACUGUCAUCUAUUUAAUCAGUGACGGUUCACGCUAUAUGACUGGAACAACUAUAUUCGUUGAUGGGGCACAGUCUAUAGUUAGGCCUCGAAUGAGAUCAUAUAUGUAGUUCCUUUCCAGUAUACUGAUGCAGAAACAUGCAUCCAAUCAGCUAGGUCUGGGAACAAUAUAUGCUUUGUUUUUUUCAUCCUAAUAUAUGUUGUUUUGCUCUUUAGGAUUUAUUGAAGAGAUCAUAAACUGAUCCAAUUCAAUGAGCACCAAGCCAUCUAAUGAAUUCAUCUACUUUUCUGAGUCACAAAGGGUUUGAAAGAUUGUUCAAGCAAAAAAAAUCAAAAAGUGUGGACGUUUGCAAGAUUUGGAAACAGUUGUGAUAUCUUAAUAAUGCGCAGAUGUUGAACUGGACAUACCUCAAAUCAGAUAGAUCCUCGUGUAAUUCUUCAUUACCUGCACUUUACAGCGUGAAGGGGAAUCCAGGACUGGUUCAUAUGCUGGCUGCACUCUUCUACUCCCUCGACAGCAGCUAAUACUAUUGUUUAAACCAUGAUCAACUCUGAUUUUUAUUCUGUAUGGUGGUGGGUGGGAGCUGGGAAAAGGUUAGUGAAUCCCUCUCUAGAUGUUUUUGGUGCAUAUCAUAUGAAAUGGCCUAUGUUCAAUGAUGGAAUUGCCCCGUAUUUGACUUAAAAA